GGUAAUUUGGCAGGAAAGAGCACUUGCCCGAAUGUAAAUAAACUGUCAUCGGGAUGGUGCAGGCAGACAGAAGGGUUGUGACGCUUUGAGUGUUAAGAUGAUGUACCAAUCCUCGAGUGAAGAUGAAUCGGAGAACGAAACAAACGAGGAUGAGAUCACGGACGUUCUUAACCCCCCAAACAUUAGUGCAGAACAGCAGAGCCUGUCUACUAGCGGGCACAGUGGGGAUAACUUGCCAAGUCUCUUGCCUCAUGGCCGGUCCAACAGUAUCCGACCGUCGAGUCCCAGUCCCUCCCUCCAUAGUGACAGAACGGAAAAGGGGGCUGAUGACACUGAAAAAUUGGAAAGGGAAGAGGAAGAGAGAAAGAAAAGGCUCCAGCUAUAUGUGUUUGUGAUGAGGUGUAUAGCGUAUCCUUUCAAUGCUAAACAACCAACUGACAUGGCCAGACGACAAACGAAAGUAACAAAACAGCAACUACAAACAAUUAAGGAUAGAUUUAAUGCAUUUCUAAACGGGGAAACAAGUAUUGUCGCUGACGAAGCAUUUACAAAUGCAGUGCAAAGCUAUCACGAAGUUUUUCUAAAGAGUGACCGUGUAGCAAAUAUGGUUAAAAGUGGUGGUUGUUCUGCAAAUGAUUUUAGGGAGGUGUUUAAAAACAAUAUUGAAAAACGGGUAAGAAGUUUACCUGAAAUUGAUGGAUUAAGUAAAGAAACAGUUUUAAGCUCAUGGAUGACAAAGUUUGAUGCAAUAUUUAGAGGGGAGGAGGAUCCAAGAAAGCAGCCACAACGGAUGACAACGGCUGCAUCUGAACUGAUUUUAAGCAAGGAACAACUUUAUGAAAUGUUCCAAAAUAUUCUAAAUGUCAAAAAAUAUGAACAUCAAAUUUUAUACAACGCUUGUCAGCUGGACAGUGCAGAUGAACAAGCAUCCCAGGUACGGAGAGAACUGGAUGGGAGACUCCACCAGGUGGAGCAGAUGUCAAGGUUGAGGAAGCACCCCAAGUUUGUCGUGAAGGAGAUGGAGAGUAUGUACGUUGACGAACUCAAAUCGGCCAUCAAUCUGCUAAUGGCGAACCUGGAGAGCCUGCCAGUCAGCAAGGGCAGCACCGACUCUCGUCUACAGAAACUGAAACGCUACAACAGGACACAUCCUUCCUCACUGUCCAAGAUGGAUAUUUCUGACGACACAGAACCUGGUCUCUCCAAACUAGACGUUGUUCUGUCGUUCACGCUCGAGGUACAUGUUGUAGAGGUCAAAGGUCUCCGCUCGCUGGCCAACAGUAAGAUUGUCUACUGUACCAUGGAAGUGGAAGGAGGGGAGAAACUACAGACUGAUCAGGCUGAGGCUUCUAAACCUAGUUGGGACACCCAGGGAGACUUUACGACGACCCAUCCUCUGCCCAUUGUGAAAGUGAAGCUGUACACGGAGAGCUCGGGCAUGCUCAGUCUGGAGGACAAGGAGCUCGGCAAGGUUGUAAUCCGGCCAACAGCCAAUAGUGGACGCAUGGCGGAAUGGUACCGCAUGCAGACAAACAAGAACUGUCCCGAUGAUCUCAAGAUCAAAAUCGCUGUCAGGAUGGACAAACCGCAGAACAUGAAGCAUUGUGGGUAUUUAUAUGCUGUGGGAAAGACUGUCUGGAAGAAAUGGAAGAAGAGAUAUUUUGUUCUUGUACAGGUAUCCCAGUAUACAUUUGCUAUGUGUAGUUACCGGGAGAAAAAGCCAGACCCCACAGAGAUGAUGCAGCUCGACGGAUUUACAGUCGACUACUGUGAACCCCUCCAAGAUGUUGAAGGCGGGAGAUACUUCUUCAACACAGUAAAGGAGGGGGACAAUGUGACAUUUGCCGCAGAGGAUGAAAAUGAGCGGACACUCUGGGUACAGGCUGUGUACCGGGCCACCGGACAGACGCACAAACCUGUACCGCCUGUUGUACAGACCAACAAGAUCUCAAACACACAGAUUUCUCGUAUGCAGGGGGAUGCUGACCGUGCCAGAAAGCACGGCCUGGACGAGUUUGUGCAGGCUAACCCUUGUAUCUUUGACCACCACGAGUUGUUCACAACUCUUCAGGUCCUCACCCUAGACUAUAGACUCAACGAUGCCUACACCUGCCUGGGCUGGUUCAGUCCCGGCCAGGUGUUCGUGCUGGAUGAGUACUGUGCCAGGUACGGUGUCCGCGGCUGUCAUCGACACCUGUGUUACCUGAGCGACCUGUUGGAGAGGGCGGAGCAAGGUGUGAUGAUUGACCCCACUCUCAUACACUACAGCUUCGCUUUCUGUGCCUCACACGUCCAUGGAAAUAGACCUGAUGGAAUAGGCACUGUGCUGUUGAGAGAAAAGUCCAAGUUUGAUGAGAUCAAAGAGAGGCUGAAAAUAUUGCUGGAAAAUCAGAUCACUCACUUCCGGUACUGCUUUCCAUUCGGCAGACCAGAGGGAGCACUGAAGGCAACACUGUCUCUCCUAGAAAGGGUUCUGAUGAAGGACAUUGUUACGCCAGUGCCACCAGAAGAAGUGCGGAACGUGAUCAAGCUCUGCCUUGAGAAUGCCGCCCUGGUAAACUACACGAGAAUAUCCGAAUAUGCAAAGAUCGAAGGAAGAAAAGGAUCAGAGUCGUACAGUGACGAUGUAACGCCCAAGAAGAGGCUGGACGAUGUACUACACCUUGCGGAACUCUGUAUAGAGGUACUGCAGCAAAACGAGGAGCACCACGCUGAGCAGUUUGUCGCGGCGUUUGCAUGGUUCAGCGAUCUGCUGGUAGAACAUGCCGAGAUAUUUUGGUCGCUCUUCGCAGUAGACAUGGACGCGGCGUUGGAAAUGCAGCCUCCGGAUACAUGGGACAGCUUCCCAUUGUUUCAGUCCCUCAAUGAUUACCUCAGGAACGAUGAGAGUUUAUGCAAUGGAAAGUUCCACCUCCAUCUGAGAAACGUGUUUGCACCACAAGUGGUACGUUAUGUGGAUCUCAUGGAAUCGUCCAUAGCCCAAUCCAUACACAAGGGCUUCGAGCGCGAAAAGUGGGACCCUCAGGGAAAUGGGUGUGCUACCUCAGAGGACAUGCUGUGGAAGCUAGACGCCCUCCAGUCGUUUAUACGUGACUUACAUUGGCCCGAGGAAGUGUUCGCAGAGCACCUGGAUCAUAGGCUGAAGCUGAUGGCCGCAGACAUGAUUGAAGCUGCAGCCAAACGGACACUAAAAUCGUUCGAGGCCUGGCUGAAAAAAGGUGGGAAGGGCACGGACUACAUCGCGUACGCGGAGAUGUGUGUGAUGAUGAAUGUCAUCAUUGACUGUAAGAACAGGGCCUUACAUCUCUGUGCGUUGGAUAGUGGUGAAAACAUGCACCAGUACCACACCAAGAUUGAAGAGUUUCUGGACCGUGUACAAAUGCAGAUGGUUAAAUGUCUCAUUGAAAAGUUUCUACAGGUGAUGGAGUCAGUGUUUGCUAAGUUGGCGAGAUACGAUGAGGGCACGUUUUUCUCUUCCAUUCUGUCUCUCACGAAACCGGUGAAUGAAUUAGGGAAGUCCUAUGUAGACUUCAUGAGGGCCAAUCUUGAACAGCUUCGACAAAAGAUCGCUGAUGAACUGUUCACCCUGUCAAUUUUUGAGCAAUGGUAUACGGGUCAGAUGAAGAUGAUCUGUGAUUGGCUGACUGACCGGCUUGACCUCUCCCUCCAUGUGUACCAGCUGACCUGUGUGAUGACCAUCAAUAGGAAAUGUUUUUCUGACUUUGAGUUACAAUGUGUACCAGAAAGCACUCUGAAUACCAAGAUUUACCAGACCGUGUGUAGUAGAUUACAGGUGGAGGAAGCCACUCAGUCCGUCACUCAGCCAGAAAACAGUCGUACCGCUCGCUUCCUAGGGGGCGGGGCAGGCAGCAGUAACGCUAGCAACGCAAGUGAGGAGGAGUCUGACUACUAGACGAGAAUGUAGGGGGUGUGGUCAAGUGGGGAGGAGUCUGACUACUAGACGAUAGAUGAGAACGUAGGGGGUGUGGUCAAGUGGGGAGGAGUCUGACUACUAGGUGAGAACAUAGAGUGUGAUCAAGUUGGUGUGUCUGUUAAAACAGUAGUAACUAAUAAGGGUAUCUGAUCAAAUAGGUGUGUCUAUGUGAAAGAGGCAUUGCCCCAUAAGGGGUGUGGUCAGUUGAGCGUCUUUGUAAAAUGGGUGUAGUCUAAUCAGCAGAAUAUGGCUGGUCAUUGUUAACAACCGGCAUUGCUAUGCAAAAGAGAUGAGGUCUAGUUAAGAUGAUAUUCACUAAAAUAGGCAUUGCAUAAAAAAUGGGGUGUGGAUCCUCUCAAAAAUGUUAUCAAGUAGGCUUGUCAUGUAUAACAGUAAUGUUAGGCAACAGCUAUACUUACUAGCUAGGGCUUGGUGUGGUUUGUUAGAUACAGUCACAGUCAGAGAGGUUUUUAAUACAUGUGUCGUCAAAGAAGGAUCAUAGGUCAGAAAGAGGUCACAGGUCAGAAAGAACUUACAGGUCCGAAAUAGGUCACAGUUCAAAUAAGUGUCGCAAUUCGGGAAGGUGUCAAAAGUCAGAAAUAGGUUAUUUAGAGAUCAGAAAGAGGUCACAGUUUGGGAAGGGUCAGGAUAUGAAAUGUUCAGAUGGUUGAGGUAAUGAUAUACAGGACAGACUAAAUACCGGUAAGGCUGAGCUGUACAGAUAUAUAAUAAUAAUGAUCACAGUGUGUUGAGGUAUUACUGAAGCCAUGUUGUUAUCUCCCCUGGCUGUUUACAUAUAUACACUGUAGUACAAAUAACUAGAGAUAUCUCCAGUUCAUCUCUGCGAAGUAAACAUUCAAUAGGCUCCAUGAGAUGAUGAACCUGUUUCAUCCACAUUGCUCUGUUGAAGUAACCAGAAGUUGAAGUGUUGAAGAACAAACUGUAUUCCCAGUUAUCCAUAAAUACGGCAAUAAGGGAACAAAACGUUUUGUUUGUGAGGAAGAAAUGUCUAAAGGUCGACAGGAAAUGACCCUGUAUUGGAAUCUCAGAUAAAGUAAAACUUGCCAUUAUCUGUAGUUAUGUAUGUGUGCGUAGUUCAAUUGAAUUUUAUCACUGAUAUCAAAUACUGCUUCUCUGCAGGGCUUUACUUUUGAGCAAAAUAUAGAUUUGUGAAGUUGUUUCUGCUUACAUACAGUUGUUUUUACAUUGUCGAAUUGUUUUCUAUAAGAAAUUAUAAAAGGAUUUUUAUGAUAAUAGUUACAUAAACCUGUAUAGAAGUCUAUAAUUAUACUUAUGUAGGUAGUUCUCAAAAAUCUGUUUCCUUGAGGUAGACUCGGUGAUGUUAGUGAUCUAAAGACUACGAGUCCUGUCUCUUACAUGUGUGAUAUUGAAUCAAGUUGAGCAAAGUCUGGAGAGAUCAAAAUGACAAAUGUUUCGAAUUAUAGAUUGGUAUCAUUCUAUGAGAGUUCAGCAGAUGUCUUGAAAGAUCAAAGUCAGACAAAUGUUUAGAAUGAUAAAAUGGUAUUAUUCUAUGAGAGUUCAUUCAAUGUCUUGAGAGACUGGAGUUAACCAUGUUAAAAUCAUAUUAUUCUAUAAAUGUUACAUCUAUAAAGGAUUUUUUUUAAUCUCUCUCUCUCUUUUAAAAAUGGAUUAUAACUUGAUAUUAGACAUGCAUUUAUUCCUGUCUUCUAGAAUGGAUCUCGGAGUAUUUGUUAUAAUACUUCUACUGAUACUGGUCCUAACCUUUUCAUGCUUCAUCAUACAUUUAUCAGUAGAGGCAAAUUAAUCAGCCAGUAAAUUCUGAUGUGUAUUGAAUUACAAGUUUCUCACACACGCUUGAUUUCAUUAUCUUUCCAUAAAUGCUUGCGAGGACAUAAAUUUGCAUUUCACUUAGCGUGUAUGUCUUCCGUUACGUAAAAACAAUUGUUCAUGUGACACCUGAAAUCGUAUUCAAUGGUUAUUGCAAAUUUAUUCUAAAAUAAUAUCAUGUGAAAUAAUGUAUGUGUGAAGUAAUGUACAUUAAUAGUUCAUCUCCCAUGUUGUCAUCGGCCCUGCACGUGUAAAUAUGUAUUACUGGGUGUGUGUAGAUAACAUAGCAUUGAGUCGACUUACAGAUACAUUAUGUACAUAAACUAGCAGGCAGUCUCCACUAUCUCGAUACUUACACUCAAGUCGAAGUUUCAAUCCAAUGUGACAUGAAAUAGAGUUUUAAAUGUGUGAAUAUACAUACUGGAAAAUUUUGAGAGAAUAAAUAUUAUAUUGCUAUAUUUCAUGAUCAUAUAAUCAGAAGGACCAAAAUACAUAUGAUGAUGAAAUUCUUUAAAAAAAAAAAAAUCAUGAGAUUCUUUUGCACUAGCUAGAGAAUAAAAAAAUAACCACAAAACGGAUCUUCUGAUUUAUUUUGGACGAACCUGGAUGUCAGAUUGGAAUGAAUUUCCUCUAUGAGAUAAGUAAUUGAGUGUGAGGGGCUGUAUUAACAGUAGAGUAGACUUUGUGAUCAUGACGUUUUGUCAUUUUUGUGGUAGAGUGUUUGAGGUUUAGUCACUUUCACUGUAGAAAUUUGGCCAUGGAGUUACAUCAAGCGAUGAUUUACACUUCGUGAAUGGUAUUUGAGCUUUGUAGAAUGAGUUCUCUGAGAACAAGUUUAUGUUUUACAUGAAAAUGUUAUACCGUAAUUUAAAUGUGUUGAUAUCAAUGACAUGUAUUAUUAUGAUAUGAAUUCUCUGCCAACAAAUCCAUUCUUAGUCAACCGGAAAGUUAGAAUCUGUGUGGGCUAGGAUACACCCAGGGCAAGGGCUGCUGUAUAUAGUUGUAGACAGAUAAAGUCUACACCAUUCUCUCGGGCAGCCACUCUCUUGAGAAGUAUUUUUUCUGGGUGUAAAAAACCGCAACAACCCUGGUAGCCAAUUUCGCAGCAAGACCAGUGAAAUCUUGUGUUCCAUUUUAUGCUGGAGUACAUCCAAUGAAGAAGAAGUUGCAUGAUACAGUGUCUAAUUAUGUUACUGGUAGUCUAGAUGCUAUUUCUUUAUGUAAGUAUUUACAAAACACAGUCAUUACUAGCCGCAUCUGGUUCACACAGUGAAAUCAGCCGAGCUAGACAAGACGGCAGUUUCUGUACUAAGUAUAAUGAUCGUCUUUCCUUACGUAGUAGACAUACCUGGUAAUUCUUCCAACAGUUUCUAUAUUCUCUUUGUUACUGUAAUAGAAACAACAGGUUGUAAAAGGAAGGGCAUAUUGUUUACAACCUCAUUCCUGUAUUUAUAAUGUAAUUUUGUCAUUCCUGGUUGCAUGCUGGCCGACAGACAUUCCACACACUGAUGCACAAAUAGAAGUAUGUGAUAUAUGAUAUGCUACAUUGCAGUGGAUCUGCUGAUCAACCACUUUCCAGGAUUUUUUUCCAAUUAACUGGUGAUCAGCUGGAUUGUCAGAUUAAAAGAUUGGCUGGUGUGAUCCUAGAACAAAGGCUGAUUAGUGAGAACUGCAGACCUAUAGCAACGCUGUUGAUUAGUUGUGUGCAGGUUUCAGAUUUGAGUUGCGUAUCCAGUAUAUUGUGAUCUUUGUAUAAAAUCUGUCCAAAAUUGAAUAGAUCUGGUUUUAAUUUUUCAUGAUCUUUUUAAAGAAUAAAAAUGUUCUGAUAGGAAAAGUUGUGUUGUACAUGUUUAUAUAAACUGACAUUUUGCUUUUGAUGUAAAUGAAAGAAAACCCUCUGAUAGAGAUGGUAGGAAAAUAUACAUUUAAAUGUAAAGAUUUUUCUAUUCAUUUAUCUUUUUUCAUAAACAAUUGAACAUGCGUAGGAAAUGCAACUUUCACGAUUUUUGGUAUUCUUUAGGAAAAUCUGUGAGAGAGAAAAACAAAGUUGAAUUUCAGGAGACAUUAUGUAGCUAUAGUACGAAAGUGAAACACAUCCCACUAACUUGUAGGUGAAAUGAACUAGGACAACACUUGUACCUAACACAAAAUGCUGGAAUUCAUCUCCUAUCGUUGAGCAUUUCAUAUAAUAUUGAUAUAAGAUUGAUCACAUUUUCACAAGGUACCUACAUACUUGUUUGACGAUAGAUAAUUUGAUAUUUGAAUAUUGUUAUAUUCAUCUUAUAGCUUUACAAGAAAUGUGUUACACAUAGAAAGAAAUACAUUCCAUUAUUAUAAGGUAUAUGUUUUAUUUAUUUUCGUUUAUUAUAAAACAAAAACAUGUACUUGACAUUUAAGAAUCAUGUGAGCUCAUCUAAUGGCUGUGUCUGUCGGAGUUAACUUUUUUUUUUAUAAUUUUAAUCAAAGCAUUUAAAAAAAAUUCUAUAUUUACUACGAUCACUUAGAUCGUAUUUAGAAAACAUAGCUAGCAAUACAGGUCCUUUGGAUCUCUUGUUAAUUGUAUAAAUAAAUACAUGUUUAUUCUGUUUAUAGCCAGUAUUUAUUUACAUGUAUAUUGAAUUGCUGAACAAAUAUGCUAUAAUUUGUUGUAUAUUUAAUGUGUUAUAUUCCGUUAAAUGGCAAAGAGCGUUCUUUCAGCCUAUUCUGUUUUUUUAUAAUUUUAAUUGUAUUACUAUAUAAAUAUAGAGUAUAAUUUAAGUGUAUGGACCAAGAGGAAUGAUCUUUUGAGGAGAAUGAAAGCUUCACGGUGACUUUUAGGGAGAUACAGGGUUAUGUUGUAGGUUAAUUCUUGCAGUGAUCUUAAUUUCGUCUUCUAAAUUCUGUACACUCUGUGUGCCAGUGUGCGCAAAAUUGUUGAUACAUGUAGUUACAUUCCUCAAAUGUUUGUAAAUUAAUUUCAAUAACUGUAUGACUAUAUUGAAGUUCUCAUCUCCAUUAAAAAAAUCAUUCAUAUGAAACUACACCUGUGCAUUUAUUGAACAAUUACGCAAACAAAAGGUUUCUCAAUGCUUCGAUUCUCUGUUAUGUUGUUGCACACAGAUUUUGACUAAUAUUGCAUUUUUGGACAUUUUUGCUUAAGAUUUUAAUUGGCAUUAAUAGCGAGCAGCAUUUAUAUUUCUUGUUACAGCAUGUUUUAUUUUUUUUCUGUUUACUAAUGGUUGUUUCACAUUAUAUUUUUAUUUAUUGAUAUUUUUUACUUCUACAAAUGAAAUCCAAAUACAUGUUGAUGAUUAUAUGAGAUUACAUUUUAAUCCCAAUGUUAGAUUCUUUAUUAAUUUAUUGCGUAAUUUCCCCAUGAUUAACAUAAUUAACAAAUGUUGACAAUUUUAUUUCUUUAUGCACUUGUAACUGAAUAGAAUAGCACGUGUGUGGCACAAAGUAGUUACAGUGUUGUCACAAUAUAACGUACACCUGUACAGGAUCACAAUCAUUCUGAAAAAUGGGAGAUAUAUAUGUUUAUGUGCCGAAGAUCUCAAAUGAUUUGAAACUCUUCUGAAAUUUCUUAGUUGUUUAGUUAUUAUUACGUCGCCUAAAUAAAAUAUCAAAUGUGGCAGUUGGUUAUAGAGAAAUCUGUGAAACGUUUGUAUGGUACAUAAAUUAAGACAAGAAAUAUAAGCAAGCAAGAUUUUCGGUUCCGAAAUUGCACUUUCCACCCAAAGUUUUAUUUGGUCCGACAUAUUGUAAGCAGCUGCGAUAUCAUUCACCCUUUCAUCGCUGUAGACCACAAUGGACUCGUCCAUAUCAAUGCAUGGCAGAGUCUACUCUGGGGUUGAAAGGGUUGAGGAUUCACUCCGGAGGAAACAUUCCGAUACUAAUGUUACUUUUGAUGUUCAUAUUGGACUUGUUUUGGGAAUAAAUUGAAAAAAGAAUUGUGAAAAUUACGGAAAACAGUGCUGGGUUGACUUUGUUUACUACUACAAAAUUAUGCAAAUUCAUCGUAAUUAUUCAUCGUACAUAUAAUAUAUACAUAUAAUUGUGCAAUAUUCGCUGUUUUCAUUGUUAUGGUGCAAAGUUAUGUGUACAAAUAAACUAACUCUUC